UCAGCGGGAGGACGUGGACUCCACCGCCUGCUUGAGGACGAGAACCCCGGCGAUUUCCUCGUCAGGAUUUCGGGUUUGCGAUGAAGCCUCAACACCGGGUUUUAGGAAGCUCUCCAUCAGACGGAAACAAUGUGACUGAGGAAACUCUUGGAGGGACUGAGUGACUUCCGUCUCGGCUGCUGGGGAAGGGAGAGGGGAGGCAGAGAUGGCGGCGUGGCUGGGCCGCGUGUCGCUGGGCGACGCCUGGUACGCCAUGUACUCCCGCCUGCUGCGGACCAAACCUCUGGGCGCCAUGGCUCAAGACUCAGACGACCUCACCGAGAUGGCCGAGGGGUCAGCUGUCGGACUGGCGAAGGUUCUGACCACGGCGGACCUGGUGUCGCUCGGGGUCGGCAGCUGCGUCGGCACGGGGAUGUAUGUGGUCGCCGGGCUGGUUGCCAAGGCGAUGGCUGGGCCGGGGGUCAUCCUGUCCUUCAUCAUUGCAGCGGUGGCCUCCAUCUUGUCAGGGGUUUGCUACGCCGAGUUCGGCGUCCGCGUCCCCAAGACCACCGGCUCGGCCUACACCUACAGCUACGUGACGGUGGGGGAGUUCGUGGCGUUCUUCAUCGGGUGGAACCUGAUCCUGGAGUACCUGAUCGGCACGGCCGCGGGGGCGUCGGCCCUCAGCAGCAUGUUCGACUCCCUGGCCAAUCACACCAUCAGCGACUACAUGAUAACACACCUGGGCAAGCUCCGAGGACUCGGUAAGGGUGAGGACACGUACCCCGACCUGCUGGCCCUCUGCAUCGCUCUGCUGGUCACCGUGAUCAUCGCGCUCGGCGUGAAGAACACCGUGGGCUUCAACAACGUCCUGAACGUGGUUAACAUGGCGGUCUGGGUGUUCAUGAUCAUCGCCGGACUCUUCUUCCUGUCGGCCAGCAACUGGGAGGGCGGGCGCUUCCUGCCGUACGGCUGGUCGGGGGUGAUGCAAGGUGCGGCGACUUGCUUCUACGCCUUCAUCGGCUUCGACAUCAUCGCAACGACAGGAGAGGAGGCGAAAAACCCCAACACCUCCAUCCCGUACGCCAUCACUGCCUCGCUGGUCGCCUGCCUCACGGCCUACGUGUCGGUGAGCGUGAUCCUGACUCUCAUGGUCCCCUACGACCUGAUCGACGGCUCGGCUCCUCUCAUGGAGAUGUUUGCCGUGCACGGCUUCGUGUGGGGGAAGUACGCCGUGGCUGUCGGCUCCAUAGCCGGUCUCACCGUGUCCCUGCUGGGCUCCUUGUUCCCGAUGCCCAGGGUCAUCUACGCCAUGGCGCGGGACGGCCUGCUGUUCAGGUUCCUGGCGCAUAUAUCCGCCCUCACGCACACCCCCGCCUUGGCGUGCGCGGUGUCGGGGAGCCUGGCGGCCGUCCUGGCUCUGCUGGUGAGCCUCCGGGACCUGAUCGAGAUGAUGUCCAUCGGUACCCUGCUGGCUUACACUCUGGUCAGCGUGUGCGUGCUGCUGCUGCGCUACCAGCCGGACGACCGGGCCGACGCGCAGCAGAACCACUUGGGGGAAGACGGCCUGGAGCCCCCCGACGCAGGUCCCGCCCCCAACAAAGAUGACCACGUCCUGGUCGAAGACUCGUCUUCCUACCACACGGGUGGCACGGAGGGGGCGGGAGAGGACUCAGACUUCCACGCAGGCCAGCCCUCCCCGCUGAAGAGGCUCCUGGGCGGUCAUUACCACACCCUGCGGCUCAGGCUGGGAAUGCCAGACUCUUCAGCGCGGCCCACCCCAGCCACCGGCCGCACCGUGACCAGGUGCACCCUCCUCCUCUUCAUCCUGUCCUUCCUCCUCUGGACCACCAUCAUAUUUGGCAUUGAGCGGGGGGGCGGAGCAGGGCUGGUGUUUUCAGGCCUGAUGGCCACGCUGAUGGUGGGAUCUUUGGCCAAGCUUCUGAUCCUCAUCCUGCAGCAGCCGGAGAGCUCGCGGCGGCUGCCCUACAUGGCGCCAUGCGUGCCCUUCGUCCCAGUGGCGGCCAUCUUGGUCAACACCUACCUCAUGCUCAAGCUGUCUGCUCUAACCUGGGCCCGGUUCGCCGUCUGGUGCUUCAUAGGUCUGCUGAUCUACGGUUGUUAUGGCGUUUGGCACAGCACGCUGGAGCUAAGCGCCCGCGAGCAGCAGGCGCACGCUAGCUCGUACCAGCGCUACGACGAGCCCCUGGACGACAGCCUCUCCCCCGACGACGACCUCCACCCGCAGGAGCGGGAUGAGCAGCCCUACCGGGGCUGGUCUGCCCCGGAUGAGGGGGGGUACCAGCAGCAGCAGCAACAGCAGCAGAGCCGCCACCAGGAUGAUGCUGACCAGUACGGGUACCAGUCCGGCGGCGGGGGCCAGAACGCGGGCAGAGACGGCACGUCCAGAGGACGGACCAACUUUGGGUUUGAUGAAGAAGAUGACUGAGAUGAGAGGGUUGUUGUUUUUAAGUUUGGUCUUUUUCUUCUCUCAAGAACUGAAAAAAGUGAAAUAAAAUCAGGAUAACGUACAAAGUAAACGCCACAACGAGCCGCCAGUGACGACACAAACCCUCACAGCGAAGGUAACCUCAGAGGUCAACGGUGACGACCUUGAGGCUCGGACCAGAGGAGAGAGAUUCAGAGGAAAGAGCCAACAAGCGGGUUCCUCACAUGAUCCAGGAUUCAAACCUGCAGCCUUCCAGCAGCACGCUGCACGUCACUCAUGAUAGCAUGCUCUAGCGACGACUGGCUUGUUUUGUCGGGUUCAGUGGGUCCGAAAUUGUUCUGUUUUUAUUUCAUGACAAACAGAUCUGCAACUAAAUUUACUUUACAAAAUUCAGAACCGAGAAGCUUUCAGAGCCUGAGGGAGACUAGUUUCAGCUGAGCGCAUCACGCAGCAAAUGUCCCUGAGAAAGGCCCUGGAAGUGCGUUUCCACCAGCGGGGUUUCUGGGUAGUUGUCCAUCUCUCCGUUACCGGGAUCGUCCCUCCAAAAGAGGCUUUCAGGAACCUUUGUGGGAAAAACAGGCUACAAGCAGGAAAUUCUUGUUGGAGAAACAUUUGGCCUAAAAUACAUUUGAUGGAGAUGGAGAUUACAAGAAAAAUGCACCUCAAGCUGUCUCUCAAUUCUUUUAUGUCUAGUUGCUCUGGGACCUGUAGCGUCCAUGUGCAAACUGCAAAAAAAGAUGCACUACCGCCAUCAUGGUUCCUGUGUGGCGCUGCCGUGUAACGGAGACACGGACGACGGGGUCGGCCCUGCUAGAGGGUUCUGUUUACCCGGGAACCCCCGUUCAUGGAAACCCACAUAAAGGCCAAGGUUCAUCGAGUCAGGUGAUCUGACAUCACACAACCACGGCCGAGCUCCAACUUCUGGGCUGAUGACGACCCAAGUGGGAAGAGGUUGUAGUUCCUGCACUGACCACUAGGGGCUGGCUCCAACAGCAACUCAAUCUUCUUUGACCUCCAUGUUGAAAUGUCAAUGUUUACCGCAGAAAUAAGCAUAUUUCACACCUGGACGGAGGUGACGUCCUUUACACCAACAGUUAAAAGGGUUAAAAAGGUGGCCAUCGUCUGCUGGUUCCAUUUUUGCUUCAUGUGAAGUCCACUUGGGCCCAACACAUAAAUGCCGCCAGUUUUCUGAGCUAAUUCAUCAACCAAGUACCUGAGCAAAACUAUCAAAACAAUCCACAGGGGCCCAACCCGGUUGAGCCCGUUCAUAUCUCAGCGGGCCCCCACAGACGGCCGGCGCUGCCUCCUCGCCCCCCCUGAACACGCAGGGCUCUAGAACUUCCUCGUCUUCUGUUGGCACACUUUGUUCUUGACCUUCAAUCACCUUUGUGUCUCUUGUUUGGAUGUUUUUCAGCGCUGAGCGUGUAAAUGAGAAUGAU